UUUCACUUUCAUUUCUCUCUCCUGCUCAAUCAUGGCGACUGCUGGUGUGAGAGCUGAGCUAGAAUGUUCCGUCUGUCUGAAUACUUUCACCGAUCCAGUAAACCUGACAUGUGGACACACUUUCUGCCGGGUCUGUAUUGAUCGUGUUCUGGAUACACAGGAUGUUCCUAGAGGUUAUUCCUGUCCGGAAUGCAGAGAAGUGUUUGUGAAGCGGCCUAAACUGCACAGGAACUUUGCUCUUAGAAAAAUACUGCACAAUAUCCUGUCUACUGACCAGAAGGAGACCAUAAUCCUCUGCACCUACUGUGUGGACUCUCCUGUACCUGCCGUUAAGUCCUGUCUGUUGUGUGAAGCUCGUCUUUGUGAAAAGCACCUGAACGUUCACAGCAAGUCACCAGAACACGUCUUAUGUGACCUCACCACUUCCAUGGAGAGCAGGAAAUGCUCCAUCCAUAAGAAGAUCCUGGAGUAUUACUGCACCGAGGACUCCACCUGUAUCUGUCUGAUGUGCAGGAUUGAUGAAGCACAUCAGAGACACCAUGUAGAGAUACUGGAUGAGGCCUCCGGAAACAGGAAGAAGAAACUAAGAAAUGCCCUGGAGAGAAUGUUGACAAUGAGAGAGGAGACAGAGGAAAGAAUCCUGAGCCUGCAGGACCACAAGAGGAAAUCAGAAGAAAAAUCAGAUGGUGAAAGAGAGAGAGUCAUUGCCUUGUUCAGAGAGCUCAGGAGACGACUGGAAGGCCUGGAGAAGAGAGUCCUGAAUGAGAUAUCCAGGCAUGCAGAGCGGGUCUCACUGUCAGUCAAUGAUCUGAUCCGUCAGCUGGAAAUAAAGAAGGAUGAGUUGUCCGGGAAGAUGCGUCACAUUGAAAAGCUGUGUAACAUGAGGGAUCCACUGAUUGUCCUACAGGAAUCAGACUCCGGUCACUUGUGUAAUAUCUUUGAAGGAAAUUAUAAACAGAGAUGUGAUAAACAGCUUCAAGGUGAUCUGGACUCUGCUCGGGUCUCACACACAUUACACAAAGGUUUAUCUACUAUAAUGAUAGAGGUAGCAAAAAUGAUGCCAGCCUCCACUUGGUUUGCCAUGUCUUCAGCCUUGCCAUUGGAAGAGGUGAGAGGAACUUUAGAUGACCACACUGGUGACACUUUUGAAGAAUUAGCAGGUGCCCUCUCAAGGGCAAAGGUGACCUCUCCUCAACCUCAGCUCCACCCUAAUCGUGAAACAGAAGCGGAGUCGUGCUUCAAUCAGCCUGUGAAGAAGGUGGAAGAGAAGGAAUCGUCCUCUGAGGAGUCAAAGGAAGAAGAUGUAUUUAUCAGUGUGUUUCAGAGCAGGGGGGUUAUCAAGGAGGAGGAGUCUGAGAAAGUUUGUUUUGAGGAGGAGGACUCUCCGGAAGUUUGUUUUCAGGGGGAGGAGUCUGAGGAAGUUUGGUUUGGGGAGGAGGAGCCUGAGGAAGUUUGUUUUGGGGAGGAUGAGUCUCAGGAAUUUUAUUUUGAGGAGGAGGAAUCUCAGGAAGUUUGGUGUGGGGAGGAGUCUGAGGAAGUUUGCUUUGAGGAGGAGGAGGACUCUCCGGAAGUUUGUUUUGAAGAGCUUGAGGAAGUUUGUUUUGGAGUGGAGGAGUCUGAGGAAGUUUGUUUUGGGGAGGAGCAGUCUGAGGAUGUUUGUUUUGGGGAGGAUGAUCCUGAGGAGGUUUGUUUUGGGGAGGAUGAUCCUGAGGAGGUUUGUUUUGGGGAGGAUGAGCCUGAGGAGGUUUGUUUUGGGGAGGAUGAGCCUGAGGAGGUUUGUUAUGAGGAGGAGGAGUCUCAUGAAGUUUGGUAUGGGGAGGAGGAGUCUCAAGCAGUUUGUUUUGAGGAGGAGGAGCCUCAGGAAGUUUGGUUUGGGGAAGAGGAGUCUCAGGAAGUUUCGUUUGAGGACGAGUAG